AUGUUUCUGCAAGUGCUCAUUUUGCUUCUGCUCGCGCAUUCGCUGAACGCUGAUCGACGUUCCCCAAAUGCGAUUCUGGGUGGAACUGUUAUCGGUUGUGUGACCAGAUUUGGAAUGCAGAAGUGCGCCGAAAUAGUAUCCAGAUGCGACUGGCGUUUUAGGGGAAAAAAUGAUUCACUAGGAAAGGCACGAUGCAUUAAGCGAGGUACGUAG